AUGGAAUUGUCAACGGCUACAUGGGUCAUUUUGGCAAUAUUGAUUACAGCAAUUAUUUCAAUUGCAUUCAAGGUAUUAAAGAAUCGGUCAAAAAAAGAUACCUUCAUUAUAUUAGGAUUAUCAGAUUCUGGUAAAACUUCAUUAUUCAUCAAAUUAAGAUAUGGAGAACAAGUACGGACGCACACAUCAAUGAAAGAAAACGAAGGACUUAUCAAACUUGAAGAAGAUGGAGAGCCAUUAACAAAAGUUCCAAUACAUUUUGUUGAUGUACCAGGACACGAAAAAUUACGAUUUAGGUUUUCUGAUUUUAUACCAAUUACACGUGGAAUUAUAUUUCUUAUUGAUAGCUCAACGUGUGUAAAAAAUGUACGGUCAAUAGCCGAGUAUCUUUAUGAUAUAUUUUCAAACAAGGACGUUAUAAAACAUCAUAUACCAAUCUUAAUCGCUUGUAAUAAAAGUGAUAUGAUUACAGCAUUACCAACUGAACGAAUUCAAACUAUAUUGGAAAAUGAACUAAACCAACUUCGAAAUACGCGUACUUCAGCUUUGGAUCAUCAGGAUACUUCUAUAACAGAUAAUGGUAUUAAAACUUGGGUUGCCGAAGUUUAUGAAGGACGAUAA